AUCUCAGCAGAUUGUGCUCAGAAUUCACCUGCAUCUUUGACAAUGGACGGAGCAGCAGCUUUGGUUCUGAUGUUGUCAGCAAUGGCAGUGUUGUUGAUUGGUGUGGAGAGCCAGCAGAGGGUGUGUUACUCCGGUCCCCCACCGGAACCUGAUCCUGAUAAUCCGGAUGACUGGAUGAAGCAAGUCAUGCAAGAGAUACGGAAGCGUUGCCCGGGAAGGAGGCAACCUACUCCAGCUGCUGCAGAGUGUUCCAGUCCGAAACCCCUUGGUAUGGAGGACGGGACAAUCCACGAUGAUCGCAUCACGGCGUCCAGUGGUUACUCCGCUAACCCUGCGAGUCAUGCACGCCUAAACAAUAACAGAGUAUGGGUAGCCUGGAGUAGCGAUGCCAAUCCCUGGAUCGAGGUGGACCUCGUUGAGCCUACAGUGGUGAGCGGGGUCAUCACACAAGGCCAUUACUCUCGCGAUUAUUAUGUGAAGAAGUACAAGGUGGCGUACAAGAAGCAGCCCUCAUCUGACUAUGAACACGUAACAGAUGGAAACGGAAAUAUCAAGGUGUUCAUCGGUAACACUGGUGACAACACUCCAGUCACUAACCUGUUUGCUGAGAGUGUGGUCGCCACGGUAGUCCGCAUUGAGCCUAUUGAACGGUAUCGGUAUGCUGCUCUGCGAUUGGAGCUGCUUAGAUGUCGCCGUGAUUAA